AUGGAUAAAACAUGGAUGAAGGUUGAUAGGAGAUCACUACAAUUCGACUUAGGAUUUAACCAGUUUCUUAAGGUUGCAUUGGAUAAUGCUAGGAACCCCAAUAAUAUACCUUGUCCUUGCUUAAAGUGCUGUAACAACCGAUUUGGUAAUAUACAGUUCAUUAAGGAUCAUGUCUAUUUCAAUGGUAUAAUGCAAAACUAUGCUAGUUGGAAAUGGCGUGGAGAAUGUUCUUAUGCUGCCAGACAUUGUUUGAGUGAGGGUUCUGAAACAGUAGAGCAGAUUCCUGAUUUAGGAGGAAAUGAAGAUGUAGGUGUGCUCAGUGAUGAAGAUCACGAGAUUUCUCCAGACUCGAAUGAGUUUAUGCAGUUCGUAGAGGAUGGAGAUAAGCCUCUAUAUCCUGGUUGUACCAAGUCAACCAAGAUGAAUGGUUUGGUACAAACAUUCAAUCUGAAAGCAAAACACGGAUUGUCCGAUUCUUGCUAUACAUACAUUUUAAUAUUGUUCCAUACCCUGCUUCCUGAUGGGAAUGAAGUACCAGGGUCUGUCAAUUUGGCUAAGAAAACUCUUUCCGCAUUAGGGAUGAAGUACGAGAAGAUUGAUGCUUGUCCAAAUGACUGCAUCUUGUAUAGAGACCUGAAUGUUGAUGCUAAAAAAUGUCCAUCUUGUAAUGCAUCAAGGUGGAAACUAGCGAAGGACGGAUCUGAGAAAGUAGGGGUGCUGACGAAGACAUUGUGGUACUUUCCACUCAUCCCAAGGUUUAGAAGGAUGUUCCAAUCGACAGUUUCUGCUAAGGAACUUACCUGGCAUGCCAGGGGUAGAAAGAAAGAUGGAAUGAUGAGACAUUCGGCAGAUUCUCCAACUUGGAAAAUGGUAGACACAAAUUGGCCAGAUUUUGGUAUAGAACCUAAGAACCUUAGACUAGCAUUGUCCUUAGAUAGGUUUAACCCAUAUGGUGCAGUAAGCACCUAUGGGAACUUAUCAGGGUGCGUUGUGAAAGGAUACAAUGCGUGUCCAAUCUGUGUUGAUCAGACCAAACCUUAUCGGUUGAAACACUCGAAGAAAUUGGUAUUUCUGAGGAAUCGAAGACAACUGCCACGACAUCAUCCUUACCGAAAGCAAGCUUCUGCUUUCGAUAACACUGUAGAAAAAGAUGACGCUUCUACACCAUUAACAGGAGAGGAGACAUUUGCAAGAGUUCAAGGGAUGCCUAAAGCAAGUGUAAGACAAAAUCUUGAUGUCAUGCACAUUGAGAAGAACUGUUGUGAUGCUAUUCUUGGCACGUUGUUGAACAUUCCGGGGAAGACUAAGGAUGGGGUUGCUGCUAGAUUGGAUAUGGUUGAUAUGGGGAUACACACUAAUUUGAAGCCUACAGCUGGUGUAAAAAGAGACAAGUUGCCUUUGGCUAGUUGGAACUUGUUUGUAGAUGAGAGAAAGAUCUUUUGGAAAAACCUGUUUGGUAUGCGAUUAUUCACUUCUGUCUAUUCUUCAAAGCGAUUUGCAGUGAAAUGGAUGUAUCCCUUUGAGAGGUACAUGAAAGUGUUUAAAGGAAUGGUGCACAAUCGAACAUUUCCUGAGGGUUGCAUCGCAGAGUGUUACAUUGUUGAAGAAGCAGUUGAAUUUUUGGAGGAACAUAUGCUUCUUGAAGAUGCUACCACUGUUGCAAAUGAAAUUAGAAUUGCCGAUAAUGAAGUUCCUGAAACCAUUAGGUGGCUGGCUGGUGGACCAAAUAAGGAGGUUCCUACUUUCCGUGGUUACCACGUGAAUGGGGUUGAUUUUAACACUAUGGAGCGGGACAGUAAGAGAUCAGUUCAAAACAGUGGCGUCUUUUUGGUUGUCGAUGCAAUGCAAGUUGGUAGUGCAAAGGAUAAAAGGCCUACAACUGUGGACAUGGACUUUUACGGCCGAAUCCAACAGAUUUGGGAGGUGGACUACUAUAAGUUUAGGAUAAAAGAUGAGACCGUCUACUUCAGCAACUGA